ACAGCGAAUCAGAAGCUUGUCCGCGUUUUAAACCGACCAAUGAGCGAUUUAUCAUCUUUGUUUGCGGAAGUGGAGCUGCUACCCUCCAGAUGAGUACCUGUUCACUGGAGCAUCCCAACGGGCAGAAGGCCGAAUCUCUCCCAGCCAAGAGGCUCUGCAAGGGGGAGUGCGCGCAGGAUGGGUCGGUCGGAGGUGGAGGGGGGAAGGCAAGCAGGGCCGUGGAGGUGUCUAUAGUCAUACCAGUGCAUAACGCCUCCUGCUGGCUGGAUGAGUGUCUGCAGGGGAUUGUGGACCAGGACUACACUGGCUCUAUGGAACUGUCUGUCUAUGAUGACGCCAGCACUGAUGGUUCCAGAGCGAUAGUGGAGGGAUGGAGGGAGAGGCUGGAAAGGAGAGGUGUUUCCAUGGUGAUCUCUGGCCAUGACUCCGCCCAACCCAGGGGAGUGGGUCAUGCCAAGAACCAGGCUGUGUCUAGGUGUGUGUGUAUUGUAACAGACCCCAUGUUGAUCUCCUCUCCUCCAGUGGGUCAUGCCAAGAACCAGGCUGUGUCUCAGAGCUCAGGAAAGUACCUCUGCUUUCAGGACGCUGAUGAUGUGAUGAUGCCUCAGCGAAUACAUCUCCAAUACGAGGCCUGCCUCUUCAACUCUACCUCUUUGAUUGGCUGUCAGGUCCGCAGGGAUCCAGAGGGAUCUACUGAGCGCUACACACGCUGGAUCAACAACAUCAGCCAGGAUCAACUCAGCACCCAGGUGUACACCUCUCACGGCCCUACGGUCAUCAUGCCAACCUGGUUCUGCUCCAGGGAUUGGUUCCAACGGGUCGGAACCUUUGACGAGGGCGGCAAGGGAGUUCCAGAGGAUCUGUUGUGGUUCUAUCAGAGUGUUGGUCAGGGAGGAGGUGUGGUCAGAGUGGACCAGUGUUUACUAGUCUACCGCUACCAUCAACAAGCUGCUACACACUCUGUCCUGGAGGAAACCAUUUGGAACCUCCGUGUGGCCUUCCUCCAGGAGAGAGUUAUCAACCAAUGGGAAUCCUUCACCAUAUGGAAUGCUGGGAAACAGGGCCGGAAACUAUACCGCUGCCUCAGUUCCUCCAAUCAGAAGAAGGUUCGAGCGUUCUGCGACGUGGACGAGAAUAAGAUCAAGAAAGGCUUCUACACCUAUGAGGAGUCCAAGGAGAGGCCCAAGCCUCAGAUCCCUGUACUGCACUACAGAGAUGCCUCUCCACCCUACAUCAUCUGUGUCAAGCUGGACAUGACCGGAGGAGUGUUUGAGGAAAACCUGAAGUCUCUCCAUCUGGAAGAAGGAGUUGACUACUACCACUUCAACUAACACCCUGGGAUGGAGAGAUGGAGAGGAGGAGAGUUGACUACUACCACUUCAACUAACACCCUGAGAUGUAGAGAUGGAGAGGAGGGAGUUGACUACUACCACUUCAACUAACACUCUGGGAUGGAGAGGAGGGAGUUGACUACUACCACUUCAACUAACACCCUGAGAUGUAGAGAUGGAGAGGAGUUGACUACUACCACUUCAACUAACACCCUGGGAGAUGAGAGAUGGAGAGGAGUUGACUACUACCACUUCAACUAACACUCUGGGAUGGAGAGAUGGAGAGGAGUUGACUACUACCACUUCAACUAACACUCUGGGAU